UGGAUUUUUCACACAAAAUUUGAAGAAACCUGUUGAAAAUUUGCUAUUUGGCAGUCACUUUAUUUGUACCCCUCGAUGGCUGGCAAUAUGGAAGGCGUUUUGAAUCCAUUGCUGCCGGUCGACACAGAGAGGUUUGGCAUUCUGCUGGAAUUCAAGGCUGGUCGCAUGAAUAUAGCUGGAAAAAUGGUGGAGCCAGACACACGCAAGGGUUCAGUCUUUAUUCGGCGUACCGAUGACAAUAACAUCCAUUUCUGCUGGAGGGACCGCAUAUCGGGUAUGGUUGAACUGGACCUUCUCGUCUCCCCGCGUAUGUUAGAGUUUCGACGGGUCGAGCAGUGCAAGACUGGACGCGUCUAUGUCCUAAAGUUUAUUCAAUCCACUCGUCGCUUGUUCUUCUGGAUGCAGGAGCCCACCCAUGAUCUAGACGAUGCCUACUGUGCGCGUAUCAAUGAGCUGCUGGCUCUCGCCGAGUCCAAUGUGGAGAUGCCCAGUAGCGAUGCAGUUUGCACCGCUCACGAGCAUUUGAGGGGCGGCAGCGAGGGUGUUCCUGGGGUCCAGCAGAUACGCAGCUUCAUGCACAGCUUCUCGCAUGAGCAGAUGGCACAGCUGUGGAGCUCACAGCCGAUGACGUCAAGCGCCACCUCGCUGGCCAUGCCAGAUCCUGCGGCCAUGACAUUCAUAGACCACAGCGAGCCCUGGAUGACCGACGUGGAGUCGCAGGGCCAAUACCAACAGCAGCCGGUGCGACAUGGUGUUGAUUUUUGUGGUGCGUUUCGGGCACUGAGCGCUCCCGCUGUGGCAUCGGUGCUAACCAUACCCUCUGCCAGACAUGCCCUGGCAAAGAAACUGCCGGUGAGUCAGUCGGCCAAUGCCCAAGAGCUUGCCGCUGAGAUUGAGGAGCACGCCCGCUCGCCACAGUUCUAUGAAGCACUCGGCCAGUUCUCGUGGGCCUUCCAGGCAGGUCUUAUGGGCCCAGUGAUGGAACAAUUCGGUCUGAGUCCGACAGCUGUGCAGGCCGCCUACGAUGGUGAUCUGGAACAGUUCCUGCUAUCUUUCGGUGACGAUGAUGUUGAUACUGUGGGUGAGGUUGAAAUCGGUACAGAGAUGAUGCAAUAGAAUUGAUGCCAUUGAGAUGUUGGAGAUGAUGGAGAUGAUGGAGAUGAUGGGGCAUGGAAAUCAAACUGACAGAUAAAUAUUGACAAGCAGCAGUGAAAGCUCUUAAGAUUUUGCACUUGCACGACGAACUGGCAGUGGCAGUGGGAGUUGCCCAAAACUAUGCUAUUAAAAUAAAAUAAAGGAAAAAAAAGCGUUUUGUAAAAAAAAAAAACAGCAAACCUGGUUGGGGAAACGAUGGAGGAGGAGGAGAUGGGGGCGUGCGCCAACAAAUGCAAUAACUGCGCAAAGUUACGAAGAUAAAUGAGAUGCCAUAAGUUAGACGACAACUUGCACGGCUACAGCGACAACGACAAAGACAACGGCAAGGAGGACAACUAAAAGAACAAGAACAAGAACAGGAACAGGAGCGAGAACGAGAACGAGAACGAGUACGACAACCACGACGAAGAGGAACAGACAAGAGCAACUGUGGCAACUGGCACUAAAAUUGAUAUAAAGGCAAAAAAAAUUGGAAAAAUAGUUGUAAACUGCAGAGCAGCAAAGUGAGUUUAUAAAUAAUAAGACAAUUAUGGCAUAAAUUGUGUAAGUAGUAUUCUUGAGAUUUAAUGAUUAACUUUAGUUAUUUACCU